GGCGAAGCGGUCGUAACAGCAUUCGGGCGACAAGGAGCUGGAGGAGAUAGCGCCUCUUUUAAUGAACGCGACUUGUAUGUGCUCCAGCACACAAACGAGGGCCUUUCAGCGUCUCUAGCACAGCCUAAUGCAACAGCAAGUCACUCAUCGUCUGCUAGUGCAGCUCCUGGGAAUGCUGCAGUGCUGUAUUCAACGUAUCCUCAUGCACCAAUCCACGACUUGGCUUCACUAAAGCAUUUCGUGCACACAACAGCACGGGAUGACCCUAGCAAGCAUGAUGACUUUGUGACCUGUUUCGAUCACUGCUCGGCCCCAGCGCAGGGCCACCCGUACUUUUGUCGGGACGAUGGGUCACCCGAAAACUACGGGUGUGUGAAAGAGUGCAUAUCGAAGUGUCUCUGCGCGGACCUCUGUCAGGGUUUCGUCUACGAGGCGGCGCAGUGCCUGGAACAGGGUGGCAAAUGGUUGGCCCCAGAUCAAAACUUUGACACAUUGCCAAGCAGCAUGAUGACGUUGUUCGAGAUCGCUACAACUGAGAGUUGGGUCGACGUGAUGUACAGUGGGGUUGACAGCACGGCAGCCUACCGGGAACCGACGCGCGACAAGCAGCAGCUCUGGGGGGCUUACUUCGUGCUAUUCAUCUUCUUCGGCUCUUUCUUUAUCCUGAACCUUGCGGUGGGUGUGAUCAUUGAAAACUUUACGAAGGUAAAACGAGAAACAGGGCAGAGCAGCUUAUUUCUCACAGAUAGCCAGAAAAAAUGGGUCGACGCGCACAAAAUGCUGGUCGACCCUACGCAGUUUUUUCUGCUCACCAAUCUCCACGAGGUGAGCCAUUUUCGUCGGCAACUCUAUACUUUCGUUUCCUCGGCGCAGUUUGAUGGGUUCAUCAUGUUCUGCAUCCUGCUGAACACCCUGAUCAUGGCUUGCCAAGUGUAUCCCGACGAGCCGACACCAGGCUACAACCGCCUCCUGGACUUCUUCAACGAGUUGUUUGUCCUCGUGUUCAACGCCGAAGCAGCGCUAAAACUAGCAGCUAUGCGAGGGAGCUACUUCAAAGUCAAUUGGAACCGCUUCGAUUUUUUGUGCGUGUCAGUAGCAGAUCUUGGUUUAAUCCUACAGGCACUGCAGACAGGAGAUGAGUUCGCGGCCGUGGGCUUCUUCGCUGUGAUCCGGCUGUUCCGAAUAGCAAGGCUCUUUCGGUUAGCGAGAUUCAUGAUUAAGGCUCGUAAUAAUUAGUCUCCUUCUCCACCUAUCACUGCUCGUUCUCCUCGCUAUUUCCUUUUUGGAGUCUGAAAAUAUGAAUGAAAAGAUGACGAAUUAUUGUGAGCUCUAACAUGAAGGGGCUCAACAAGCUGUUUCACGCUUUCCUGCUCUCGAUCCCGAAACUGGUACUGCUUUCUUUAUAGUAGAGUAGUUUGUAGACGCUGGGCUACGCUGGGGGGCUCGCUGGGCACGCUGGGCGGCAACGCGAGGCACGCUGGGCGGCAACGCUGGGCACGCUGGGCGGGCGCUUGGAUAGCGCUUAGCGGACUUGAUGGCCACACAUUGGGCACGUCGAGCCUGCGCGGCCGAUGGAUUUACUUGCGCCGCGGGGACGCGGUGCAGCGCGUCCCGUGAGGACAAAAAAAGGCGGCGCGCCGCCCUCAAGGUUCAGGGCAGCGCUGGCGCAGUGCUGCGCCAGUUUGCGCAGUAGCGGGCUGCGCGGCGCCUGCUCUGUUCAGGCUUGCACUGCGUCGCGCUGCACUGCGCUGCUCGAUGCGUGCGAUGCUGCGCCGCUCUUGUGCACAGCGGUAAACUCGCCGGCGCCGUUGGCCUUGGCCUACGCUAGACUAGCACUGCUGGUGGGGUUCUCAAGCGGGCGCCCGAAGGGCGCCCCGCAAUUGUAGACGCCCAGCGUCACGCUGGGCGCAGAAUUCGGCAGAUCUGGCACAUUUGGGCCGCCCAGCGACCCAGUGUGCCCAGCGUGCCCAGCCCAGCCAUGUUGGGAACCCUUAGAAACUGUUCUAUUAUAGAUAUUUAUAAUAUAUGAGGGCUAUCAUUCAUGAUACCAGCAGAGUUGUAAGUUGUAACGAAUAGGUCGCAGCUUCUCGCAGAUAUGAGCAGUUUCUUAACUCACAUAGCAUCAACAACCUUUAGGUGAAUGUCGGUGGAGUCUUUGCUCUCUUCCUUUUUGUGUAUGCACUUUUGGGUGUCCACCUUUUCGCAAAAGUACGUUUUUUCGGCGACGACGUAAGGGUUGCAGAAGUGAAUGAAUACGCGAAUUUUCAGACGUUUCAAACGUCAGUAGUAACCCUGUUCCGGAGUUGCACUGGGGAAGCAUGGAAUGUGUUGAUGCACAAUUUUGCCGGCAACAGAUUUUUUUAUCGCAGUGUCCUAGAACUGGAGUGCCUCGACGAGAUGGACAUGGUCAGAGACUUCGCACACCACAACGAAAGGGGAGAAGUUGAUAACCCAGUAGAAUGCGGAACAGAAUGGAGUAAACAAGCUACAGUUUUUCUGUUGUCGACAUGAUUGACGAAAAGAAAGCACUGCCGCUGGAUGAAAAUAAUCAUGUCAAUUUAGUGAUGUUACGACUCUUAGGUAGAAUUAGAAGUUGAAGUUGUACUUCAACUGACUGUUUGUUCAAAUUUUUCUAUGCAUCAAGGAAUGAAUCUCUCAGGUUACGUCUUCUGGGGCACGUACACUAUCCUGAUUACGUAUUUGAUUCUCAACCUGUUUAUUGCGGUUAUUUUCGAGUCAUUCGACGAGACAGCUCAGAGGGAUGAGACGUUUUCCGAAGUGGUAGACCUCUGCAUUCGGCGGUGGCGCCUCUUCGACGUGAACUGUACUAGAGUUCUGGUGGUCUCCUUUUGCUUCUCUCCGUUGCCUUGUUGCAUGGUUGGAGGUCAUAAGUCGAAGCCUGUUUAAGCUUAGCUAAAAAGUACUGCAAAUAUUCUAUCUUAAUAUCAGCAUCAGGUACGUGUUUCCUUCCAUUGAACAAGGCGCUUGAGUUCAUCGAGGAAGUCAUUCGCGAGCUAGGUGAUAGUGUGAUGAACACGGAGCUCGAGAAGAAUAGACGGCGGGAUCGAUACGAGAAGUUUGACUUGCUUUUCACAAAGUCACUGUUUCUCCGGGUAACCCCUGACGGGAAUGUCCCGGUCGUUGCGGCAAUUUUGUCGGUAUAACUACGUACCUAUUGCUAUUACUAUAGGGGCGGAUGUAUAAUAUCAAGAUCAACUACAACUUGGUUGUAGUGUACAACUGCGUAGUAUAAUAUCAUUAUCAAGAUCAACGACAUAUUGAUGAUGGCUUUCACCUCCGACGUCAAGAGCCCCUAGUUUGAUUGAAGAUCAUACUGCGAUUGAAAUUUGAGCUUCCUUGAAGUACUGUUAGAGUUAGUCUUCUGACUUUGGAAAGGAUACCUAGAAAUACGUGGUAGUGGUACCACCUUCAGUGUGAACAAUGUCAAUGCUCCUGUAAUAUCGUGUCAGCACUCAUUAAUUAUCACUCUCAGGUCUUCCGGUAUUUGAUCAUCCACGCGGGAGGUUCGGUGCCCGAAGCCCACCUUUCCAUAAUCCACGAGCUGGAUGCCAUUAACGAGAAGGUGCUCGCCAGCGAGCGUGCUGCCGUGGUAUCUUCGAAUCCAUCCUACCUAGAGGAGCUGACGCGUUCCCAGCGCAUGCGCGCGCGGCUCUCGCGCGCCGCUCAUGCCUUCGGCGCAGGCACUUUGCUACCAGGGAAAGCAGCGCCAGUGAUUCCACUAGAGCAGCACGUGGCUGCGAGCAAGAUCCAAAGGCAUUAUCGACAGCGAGCACGCCGACGCCAAGUAAUGAAGGACACUCCGCUAAAUGCUAGUGUUCCACCAGGACCAACAAAGUCUGCCGAGGGCCCUUCGAGCCGCAGUGGUUCAUCUAAAAAAGCGCGGAGCAAGGGCAGUAAGAAAGCAGGAGCAGGUGUAGACGUAAUCAACUUUGGGCUACACUCACGGACACCAUCAAAACUGAGUAGCACGUCGUCGGGUGGUGGCAGUUUGCUAAGUUCUCCAGUCAAGGGCCGAAGCUUAGUAGAUUCGCCACUCAAGGGCCGAAGCGCGUCAAAGCACACGGAGCUGCCGGAGGGUCAUCUUGGGAAAAACAAGGAUCCAUCAGCAGAUCAAAAAGUGCUGCCUUCGACGGUGAAAAAACAUGAGGAUGACCCGGAGGGCUUAAAAGAUAUGACGGCGCUGGACGGCGCGCAGAGUAAGAGCGUGAUGGGCGGACUACAAAAACUCUCUUCAACAUCCGAAUAUAUGACUGAUCACAAUGAGGCGGAUAGUAGGCAGCCGAGCGCAGUUGAUGUGAAAGCAGUCUUAUUCAAAAGCAACAGCUCGCUUUCAGCGUCUACGUAUUCAGCAGGGGAUGUAGAUCCUGAGAGUGUGCCUGCGAUGUCAACGACGACCGAGGACGAAGCAGGCGGAACUAUUGACACCAAUAAAAAAGAACGCUGAUGAAAUGUUUAUCUUUAUUCUACGACUACGACUAGGUAGAAAAGGAAUACCAUUGCCAAUAUAUAUAAUUUAGUAGAACAAUGCGAGCAGGGGCAUGAUCAUGAAGAUUCCGACUACUUAGUUAGAUUGGGUAUGGGAAUAUUCGUAGUUACCGGACUCACUUUAGAGCAUAAGAUAGUCUCACUUUGUGCCAUUUCGAAGGGAAAUGGCUGCCAUGGAUCUAGACCCACAAUGGGUUGUUGAUAGACCGCGCGACACCGUUGAAGAUGGGGCCAUAGAUGGAAACGGCUUGGAAGUAAGCGGGUUUCGCUCGCCGCUAUGGUUAUGUCUAGAUAGGCUUCGCCUAGCGACACCAUUAGGAUUGACUUAUGUCUGCGCAUUGGUCAUGGAAGUCUUUGAGAGCGUUGCGGAGGAUAUCCGAUCCUACGCCAGACGUGGUCUGCAGUUGGAUGUAGCAGCCGCGCCUUGCGGGUGCGAAUCUGUUGGAAUGUCAGAAGACAGGACCUUGCUGUCGCAGCGAGUAUAGCAAGGACGCUUGCUCUGGUGCGUGAUGGAAGGUCGUAACUGGGGUGGCAGUACAGGGAGCCUUACGGACUUGUCUGUCUGCUGACUGGCCAGGCCUUGGGUGCUCUUCGAGCACUAGCCUCAUGUGGGUUAGGUGUCUAGCGUUAGCACAAUGACACAGUAUCAUCCUUCCUUCGGUUGGAUCUUGGUAUAGUUUGCAUGAUGUGAUGCUUUUCAGGUGUUGCAUUAUGUGACCGGACAGCACAUUCACGAGGUGGGUGCUGACGCGGUGCUGCGAAGGAGGGGCAGCACCGACCUGGCCCGAGGUGUCCAACGGGUGCGUCCAUCCGCUGCGCGGGUGGGCGGAUGGAGGAUCUGCGAUCUCUCCUUGACUAUCUUGACUUCAAUGCACUACAUAACGAGAUCAUGGCAUUCGCCUGGUGUAAGUAGACUGUGCAGGAACUGGUGACAAGUCAGAUGCUUCUGGUGAUGGAGCUGCAAGGCAACUCACGUUGUUGCAGUGACUCUCACGCGGGAGGAGCGUUCUAGGAAAGCAGCGAUGUUCAAUGUGAAAGAUAGUGAGACUAUCUUAUCUUGUUCUGAGUAUGGUAAAGGCGUGAUUUCUACUAGUUGGGGGCUGUUCCGGGGUCCGAUUUCCCGAAGAAAAAUACAUUUGACAUGAUCACAAUCGAGAAGAAGAACAGUUCCUAGUCAAGUCUAAACUUGAAACACAAAGGGAGUUAGCGUGAGCCUUCAUAUGGCUUUGAUCCUGCAAGGGAUCGAAGACCUGAACUAAGGAAGGAAUGAAAACGCGCUCUGCAAGUCGUUCCGACUGAAUGAACAGCAAGAAUGAAAAUGGAAAUGCAAGGGUGAAGAUCUCUCCUUCGGAAAGAAUGCAGGACUGUAAAAUUUAAAUUGACGAUCAACGGCGUGUGAGAAUAGGUGACGGCUUCAGCAGUGUGUCCGUGAGAAAGCGAGCUUCAAUUUUGGCACUUCGUGCUACUGCAUGAACUGAAGAUGGAUCUUUCUGCGUAAACGACGAUGGAUGUUUGUGCAAGGCUGUGAACAAGUUAGGAAACUGCGUUUCUACAUUUUUCCGAGCUUUCAGCUUCAUCAUACCCGUGAUUACUGAAUAUCAAGUAAGGACGAAUCAGCAAAUCUUAUCAUCUUCCAAUCUUUAUCAACCCCAGGGAGAGUCUGACUACGGAAAAGUCCUUAUUCUAAGGCAACCACGAACGAUCUCCGAUCGUGCUAAUCAAGUUUGUAAAAAUCUUUGUUGAGAUAUCAUCUCUUCAAACUACAAGAUGGGUGGAAAAUCCGGACAAUACGGUGACGGCAAACCCAGCCGGUCUUCCUCGAAGACGGUUCGGAAAUCCGACGACCACAAGGAUAAUGCCCAAUGGCAUGCCCGCAACCACAGUCAAGGGAAAGGAGACGGGUCGUUGUAUAAGGAGAGACGACAAGACCGUGAGAACCAGCGAAGCGAGUCUCACGGAAAGAACAGGAGCACUUCGAGCUCCUACAACGAGCCGCAUCGUGGCCGAGACCGCGGCUACAACCAGUCGUAUCGCUCCGGCAGCGGUUCGAACUACCCGACAUCCGGAGGUACUACGUACCCGCCAGAUGAGCGAGCAGCGCUCUUGGCUCAACCCGGAGCGAUGGGAGAUGACGGCAGCGGCCCUGAUCCAUAUAUCCAUGGAUAUUCGCGAGAUCAGUGGAAACGCUGGAACCGCGAAAAGGCGGACAAGUGUAAAGCCGUCACUACAGCGGCACAACCACAGGGUCCACCGACUCUGGAAGCACCACCUCCGGCUGUUGCUCCCGCAGCGGCGGAUGUGAUGAUGCUCGAUGAGCAAACGAAGGUCACGGCGGCGGUGGAGAUGGAAGGUAUUUCCCCGAAGUACGUACCGCAAACGAUGGACCCGAAUGUGGAGGAUAAUACCGCAUGUCAGUGGGGAUGGAAGAACUCGCGUUCUGCGGAGGAAAUGGACCAGGAUGAUGAUUUCUUCCUGAGUCCGGCCAGAGACGAAGAACGCGCGAAGGUGGCGAUUCGACCAGAAAACCUCAAAGUCGUCUAUGUGGACAAUACUGUCCUCAACAACAUCUUCAAUCAGGAGUUGCAAGUUUCGCUGCAUCCACAUUUCGCGCAGAAGACCUGGCGCCGUGCCAGUGCAACGAAGAUUCGCGAAAGUUUCGUGAAAGGUGAGCUACUAGUCUUCUUCGAAGAAGGUCGGCUGACUGAUGAAGAAUUCAAGAAGUUACCGCUCACGCCGGCGCUACCAGGAGUGGAUCCGGAUGAUUCCACGCCGCAGAUGCUUAAUCAACUUUUCCAAGUUGGUUAUUGCAAAACCGUACUUCAAGUUGGAUUUUAGAAUGAUAGUCAAUACAAGUUUUACAAGCUCUGCUCCGUGGAGUUUCUGGUGUAAUGAUAGUUGGAAUCGAAACGGCACAAGACGCGAAAAUGAAACAUUUAGAAGUACAAAAUUUUCUUCCGGAAAAAAGAACAGUCAUGACCUAUUGAUCCUAAGGAAUCAUGUUUCCACUGACCCUUACAGGCGGCGCUUGACAAGAACCUAGCGACCUACUUGGCGGACGACAGUUUGACUGAUACUCUGUUGGGUCAAUUCUUGGCCCUGGGACCGGGUAAACCGCAAUUUCAAGUAACGGCUCCGAGCGCAAUGAGCACGUUAGUGGAGCACAGGUCCAAUGAGUCCCUCACGGACCUGCUGUGGCAGUGCUACAAUGCGGGAGCUAAAGCGGAUCUCCUUUUUGCGCUAGCCAUGAGCGAGCUGGGGAUGCGGUUCCCUGGACUGGUUUCACUCGACCAGAUCUACGAUGUGGUGUAUUCGGACUCUACGAUCCGUGAGCAGAUUUACGGCGGAUCAUACAAGCAGGUGACUACGUACUACCAGAAGACUUGUGAAGUGCGGGAACUGCGUAAGGUUCAAGGGUCGAAGAACCCUAUGGCAGCACUAACCAAGGCAGAUAAGAAGGCGCUACACCGGUUGCAGGGAUUGAAAGGCGAAAAUCGCGCCGCGAUUUUACAGUCGUUGCUCGAUGAAGACGAGCUAAGUCUGGCACUACCAGUGCAGCGCCAGCACCAGAUGAAAGCCGAGGCUUCGAAUAAAUCAACACCGGGUGCUUCCAGCUCCGGAACCCAAAUGAAUUCGGCAACCACGACGGACCUCCACUACGGUGCCUAUGGCAACGGAGGCCCAGACGACGCGCUUGGUUUUGCCAGGUGUAGUCUCCGCUACGUCGAAAGCCACUCCGACCUUCGGUCCGCACCCAGCAAGCUUCGCAGGAGGUUUUGCGCGCUUUGUUUUAGAUCAUCCAAGUACUAAUCCUGAUAACAAUUUUGGACCUACAUCUUCUGCAGUAAAACGUUGUUCAUCACCUGAACCAGUUGAACGGACUUCGUCUGCAUCUGUGGAUACUCUUUGCAAUAGUCGAUUACCAUUUUUCUCACCAAUUUCGCAAUCGGUUUCCAGCCGAGAAACCAUCUUCACAUCGCCGAAGUCACGCAAAUCCAUCCAACUUUCAGUUGCUGAAGAGGACGAGAAGCAGGCGGCUGAAGAAAACAAGGAUACUGUUGCGGCUGCGUCAUCCGACGAUCAGUCGGUGGUGUUGGUGGACCAUGUGGAUCUGGACGUUCGACCUCAGGAGGAAGAAGGGGACAUUGUGUUGUCUGGACGCGAAUCACCAAUGAGUCGCUCAGCACCGCAAGUUCAAAACGUUUUCACCGAGGAUGUGCGACGCUUAUCCGAUUCUGCGCUUACAGCACAGAUUCGUCUCAUGGAGCUCAACCAAGAGUUGGCACGGCGUAAACUACAAACCACGAGCUCAAGUUCAACGGUGCGUGCAACUGCUCCCGCAGCUAGCUCCUCUCCAAGCGUUCCGGCAGCCGCUACCAGUUCUACGAAUUUGAGUGGAAGCUAAAGGGUGUGCACCUUCGUGGUGAUGUCAGACAGGACGAGAAGACUUAUUGUUUUAGGCACUGCAUUCGGCAGGCUCAUAACAACGUUUGAGAAGGGCAUAGAUGGCAGUUUAUUGCUGAGUCUUUGCAACCCUGUCUGAGAACGAACUUCCCCAUCCCAUGCCUAAUCCUUGUUACGUUGGCAGUUUUUUCUAGACCGUGAAAUGAAGCAAGGAGGAGAAGGGAAGAAACACAUAGGGCCAAUCAAGGUUCUGCGCCGAUGGUGCGAAAUUGAAGUUGAAGUUGAAAGAAUGUAGUGUUCAACCAAGGAUGAACUAUCAUCGAUGGAUUCAUGUUAAUCGGUAUGCUGUUGCUUCGCCAGCAUGGUGUUUUAUGGACAGCACAGUAGCGAGGCGGGUGCUGACACUUCAUCGCGAUGGAGGGGCGAUGUUGAACACCGAACAAGAAAGUAGAGCAAGCCGCUGGUUGUUCCCUUGUCGUAGGGCUUCCGGAAAUGUUUGCCAUGGUUGUAAAGCUUGGCGCUGCCUCUUGUAGGUUGCUGAGUUUAUGCAUCUAGGGUGUUAUACUGGAUUUCUGGAUGAUGCCUUGUUGUAGGUCUUCCAGGCGGUUCUGUUCGGUUCUAGCUGGUGCGAGUACAACGAGAGUAGGUUUAGGAUUUUUUCUUUUGUCUUUGUGGACACAACGAAGAGCGAAAGAGAGGAGGUUAGAACGGUAGAUGGUUUUUUCCGUCAUUUAGGGCAAUAGGCCGAGGCCAGCGAAUGGAAAGCUGCGAUCCUCGUUGAUCAUGAUCAUUUCUUUUUACGGUAGGACUAGUUGUGAUUUCUCCAUCUAGGGCCCUAGGCCAAUGCGGUACUUCAGUUUUUUCGACUGGACGAAAGAAAAUAACACAUGUUACAUCUGCUUAUUCUUUGCGGUUUCGGUUUCAACCCAAAACACACCACCCUAGGAGAGAGAGGUUAGAAAGCGAUAGCGGGUGGUUCCCACAACUACAGGAUGACUACUCUGACUGCUCCUCCUCGUACAACCGCUGUAUGCGGUUACGGUUUAUCGACCUUCAUGGUCGCCUCUGCCUUCCUAUCGGGGUUGGUAAGCGUAAGCAACAUGUCGCGGACACCCGUGCCGGUUUCAUCGCCACCACCACCACCGCCACCUCCUGGAGCUCACCAUCACCCUGGAGAUAAGUACGACGACUGGGAUUCGGAUUACGGCUGGUUUGCGUUAGCCCGGUCCGGUUUCCUCGAUGCGGUUUCCGUGGCACUGAGUUACCUCAGUUUGCUACUCGCUCUUGCAGUGAUGGCCUAUGAGAUGUACAGUCACUACCAAGGUGUCACCGAGAAGGACCCUUCGGCUCCAGUUCCGGUUUCGGUUUCGGGUCAGGAUUCCAAAAGAAUGCCUUUUUUGGCUUCUUCCUUUUUAGGCUCUGGUUCCUUUGACAAAGCGCUCCAGCCGUGGGAGCAGAGUACAUUCUGUGAAUCUGCUGCGAACGAAGGUACUAGCAGGUUGCGCAAAACAGUAGAAGACAAUUUAGACCUUGCGGGUUUUAGAAUUGUUCGUUGUUGUCCAGUGGUAGAUACAGUGACGCGCUCCAGUGGUAUAGGACUUUGUAUUGAAAAGAUGGGGGCGAAUUUUCCCACGAACACAUUCGAGAGAUAUACGGUAGCAUUUGACAUUCACACUUACCUUGAUAGCGUCAAGUUUGAGGGUGUAAAGAGUGUAUUAGCUAGACCGGUUGCAGGAAGGUUGUAUGAAGCGGCGUUAAUGACAGUUGACAACUCCAAGUCCCAAGACGGAGGCGUGCUUUCUAAAAUGCACGCCUCAGCGGUGAGGUUGGAAACAAAAUCUAUUGAAGAUUCUCUGGCAUCCAGGCAGGCAUUGGAUCGAUUGCGGCUGGAACACCUUCAGUCGCCGAUUCAUGGCUGGCAAGCAGUCGUGAAUGGAGCACACAAAUCCGGCGAUAACGUCGCGGAUUCUGUGGUGGAGUCAGUUGAGGCAGAGGCGCGGAGGUAUCCGAAUUUAUCUCGGGAUUUCCUCAGUGCUGCCUGCUUGAUGGUAUUUCGGGAGCAAUUCACCAAACAGUGCGGCCUUCGGCCCAUUGUGGUGCAGGAAGAGUUGGAGGCCCAGCUCUAUCGGUUGCAGCCGUCUGGGACCACGGGAGUGGAAGUAGGAGUAUAUUGCCAGAAGUUUCGAAACAAGUUCCAAGAGCUAAUGAGCGAGCGAGCCACGCAGCACUCUGGUCAAGUUUUCACGACGAAAGACAGAGUGGGAACAUCGCAAGAACUAAAGCGGUUUGUAAGAGGUCUACUCCGAUCUCUCCCGUUUGAUUAUACCGAUUCAUUCGAGGAGAGUCUCAUCAACCAGGGAGGUGUGGAGAAUGCCACCAUCGAUAUGGUGGUCGAAUAUUGUGUAGCUCGGGCUGACGUCAAGGCUACAUACUAUGAGUCACGGCGCUAUGACUAUAAUAUCAAUCGACAUGCGAGGAAGCCUCUCCAGCAAAUGCAGAUAAGCUCUGAGGAGAGUCCUCCGGACAAUCCUAUGAAUGCUGCAGGGUUUUACCCGAAAGAAGAUCGUAGUGCGCAAUUUAUCACUUGUGAUCCGGUGGAGGAGCACACCGAUAAGGGAGGCAAGAAGUGGCUUUUAUGUGGUGAUCCGAAUCACAUGAGAGGGGUGCACUAUGCCUGUGUGGCCCAUGUAGAUUGGACAAAGGAGCCCCGGGUGUGCAGCUUUCCCGCGUGUAAUGGUCGCCGACAUCUUGUCGAUCGUUCUGGUCAACUCUGCUGCCCAAACUUAUUAGCAAGGCAAGCAGGCCGGGUCCUGCUCCUGAAACGAGGACCAAAGACACGAGUAGUGUAUUGUGAUGUCCUUGUGGAUGAGAAAGGAAGGCCGCAUCACCCUAGUUUUUCGAAGCCGCAGUUUCAAGCAGGGCUCGCCGCCGAGCUAGCCGAGGUAAAAGCAAGUGGCGCGAAUCCUUUGUGUAAAUUUGUUUCGCCUACGGAAGCACAACAAUUUCACCCGCCGCCGUGGGUAAAGUCGAAGAAGCUCAAUCCAAAUCGUGGAGUACAAAAGCCAAACGACAAGAUGCGGAAAGGCACCGGGAAAGGUGCGAAAGGGACAGGCAAGGGCAAAGGUUCCGGGAAAGGUGGGCGACUGAAUUCUAUGAGCAAUGAUUCAGGGGAUGACUUGUCUCUGCAGAAUGAGCAUGAGACUGGUCCCUCGAUCGAUGCAUCGCUCUGGAAUGGUGUCCAAUUAACUGCAACGGUAGGGAAUCGAAUGGAAGUGCAGGAACCGUCUUGGGCUGGCGACUCGGUGAGGGAUUUUGUGUGGAUAUGGAGCCAACUAUUUGUUAUUUUGUGGAUGGUGUGCAAAGUAUUGGAGCAGGGGGCUUGCUAUCUGAGAGGCACGCCAACGGCGUUGCCUCGACUGAUAUCAAGGGCCCAGUUACGCUUCCAGCGUGGCCGCGGUAUUGUUUCAAUGAUGAACUCAGCGUGGGAGGCAACAAAGCAAGAAGCCAAGCGACCACGCCGAGCGCCAGUGUAUAUCGCUGGGUUUCUCGGCCGGGACAUGCCAGCACCCCUAUACUUGGAUCCGGGGGCGUGGUUGGGCUACGACGUGAUUGACAAGUCAAGCUACGAGAGGCUGCGUGGUAAGAGAGAGCUCGAAGCGGUGGUCUCGCCACCAUUUAGCUGCAAGCCGGUGGAAAUCUCUUUUGGAAGAAAAAAGUUUUCGCAUACCGCAAAUCGAGAGUGUGUGUUAUGUUUUAAGAUUGCUACGCGAUCUGGAAAAUAUCUGGACCUUAAGCGGAAGCUUCUGAUUGUGGACGGAUUAAAAACCCCUGGAUGUAUCAUUGCAGGCGAUACAGCGGUAUACGAUUUGGGAAUUAAUUACAACCCACUUAGCAAAGGGAAUAAAUGGGUUGAGCUCCUUGGAGAAGAGGUCCCCGCUGUAGAGUUCAAUACUUCCACCAACAAACCGAUUAUCAAUGCGAUGACGCGCCUGGCGUACGUAGCGGCUUUCGCCUCCAUUACAGCAACACUUCGCUGUCCGCCGAUUAAUCAUCCGAAUACGAUGGCCGUGGUGCAGCCAAGUUUGAAAGCUGCAAGAGAUGGAAUUUCGUUCCUUCCAGUUUUAAUCGAGGCCUCUGAUACUGAAGAAACCGAGCACGUGGUGGAAAUUUUUAAUCAUAGACCGAAGGCGCGGAGUGUCGCGCUGACGCGAGAGCAUGUCAAAGCCCAGCCGUUGGAACCAGUAACAAAAGAAACCCUGGUGAGUAGCAGUAUGACUGUAGCUCAAACCCCUGGAGGUUUUACGCCACAGCCAGGGGGCGAGGGUGUUAUACAUAGGGAUACUCAACACCCUCAAUCGCAGGGCAACCCAGUUUCUCCGAAAAUUUCUUCAAAAAUUCAAAAUAACCGCUGGGAUCCGUUCAGCGGGUGGAAAUCGUGUAUGACCUUUGCGGCCCUGAUCACCGAUCUGGGUCUGUGGGAUAUCGUGGGCAAGCAUGGAUUGCUCGCUGGGGGCGAGCCCUCCUUGAUGAAAGUAAAUAGCACGGACUAUGAUCCUGGCAUGGCAGCACUGGGCAGCCGAGUAUGCGCAGAUGUGUGGCGUCUCGGGGGAACCUUUGCGGAUGAGUCCUCUGAAAUUUCGGAUUGGGUCCGCGAAGUGCAUAACUUUGUGGAUCCGCCGGUGGACCUCCCUAAUGUAAGAUGGGAAUGGUACAAGUGGAUGAAAAGUCAGCAGCGAGAAGCUGGCACAAGGGAGUUUCGAGGGACGGCAGCUGCAGCCGCGACGAAUAAAACGCAUGUCUUCUCUGAAGAACUUCCUGAAGCAAGGGAUACUGCCCACAUGGGAGCCCUGUUCCAGGAGUGGGAGAGCGUGUGUCAGAUCCAGGGUAUAGUGAAUAUGGCAAAGUAUAAGAAUAAGUCCAAGCCAAAGAAUUUCGAGGACCUUGAGAAGGAAGUUGACGACCGAACGGCAAAACGGGCGAGGAAUCAAAAGUGGCAGGUGCCAAGCGAAGAAUGGUCUGCGAAUGUGAUGAAAGUGUUUUCGGCACAGUUACAGGGUUACGGCCAUCUCUCGCAGGAACAGAGGGAUAAGCUUCUGACGGUGAUUCGGGAGAAUGCGCACUAUUUCUACGAUGAAGGAUGUCCCUUCCCUAGUCUGAAGACUGUGCGCCAUUUCGACUACAAUCCGAAUCGAGUGACCCAUCGAAGCCUGCCGCAGCCGUUGCAGUUGAGUGCGUAUGGGAAGCGGUGUCUGGAUUUCCUGUUUCAAACGCAGCUGGAUGACGGCUUGUUUGAAAAGUGGGAUGGGACUGACAGCACGCGACCAAUUUUCUGCAGUCCUGCUUUUUUGGCCCCACGGAAGAACUCGGUUAUCGGCCGGAUCGUGGUGGACUAUCGUAAGUGUAGCGAAGCGCUAACUCCGAUAGCGCUUCCGGCACCGAAUCAGGAGAAGACUUUCCAUAAUCUGAAAGGGAAAAAGCUAUAUUUCGGAUCGGGUUAGUCGCUGGCAUAUAACCUAGCAAAGCUAGACAAGCAAACGCAGCGACUUUUGGCGGUUGUGACGCAUGCUGGGGCAUAUUUGCCCACACGUCUGACGUUAGGACCGAGUCCGGCCCCGGGUUGGUUUCAGGCUCAGACUGAGGCUGCGUUCGGACACUUAAGCGAAGUGUUCAUCGAUGAUAUCGGGUUCGGUGAGGAUGGCUUAGACGUGUUCAUCCAUCGGAUGAUUGGCGUCUUUGAAGCCUGUGAAUCCAGUGGAGCACGAUUGUCGUUAACCAAGACGUUCAUUGGUGCCGACAAAAUCGAAGUUCUUGGUCAUAUUGUCGAUGAACAGGGAAUGCACCCGAGUCCGGCGAAAUUGUUUCAGAUUGAAAGCUGGCCGCUACCGACGAACCGGGAGGACUUGGUCUCGUUUGUGCAUGUCGUGCGCUAUCUGCAGUGUUAUACCAGCGAGUUGCAGAAUGUGGCUGCGCCACUAAAGGAUUAUGAGUUAAAGAAGCGGCCGCUCGCCGAGUUUCACUCGGACGAAGCGGCGAUCGCAGCCUUUGAGGCGUUAAAGAUAGUCGUCUCAAGGAAUGCGGUGUUGAUCAAUCCCGACUAUGACGCGGCGAAUACUUGGCGAAGACCGUUUGAAGUAUUCACCGAUGCAAGUCAGCAUCGGUUUGCUUGGGCAAUCUGUCAACGAACGGCAACGGGACAACUCCGGGUAUGGAAAUGUUCGACCCAUUCGUUUGAUAAAACGCAAAAGCAAUGGCCAACACUGGAGCGCGAGCCUUAUGCUAUAGUGGACUUUGUUAAGCAUGGGUAUAACCUCGCGAAGGGGAGCAAAUGGGUGAUGUACACGGAUCGUCAGAAUCUAGGAACGAAAGAGUUAAACAACCUUUGUGCGAACAAGACCACCGGCGGGAAGCUUCUAAGGUGGUUUUAUCUGAUUGCCCGCCCUUUGUCCACCGGAAAAAGGGUAUAUCUAAAGGGCGAGGCAAAUGUGGUAGCGGAUGCCCUUUCCCGUCUGAAGGAUGGGGAUGACGUGGGUGAGUGAGGACCUGCAAGAGUUAGAUGACCUAGCUGCCAUGCUUCCUCGUAUCCGAUCACUGGCGCAGUUCAUCUUCUGUAAUCCCGAGCAGUUGGAUGAAAUGAUGGCUGAACGCAAAAGAGUCCUUGCGGUGGAUAACUUCCUACCGCCAAUUCACCCCAGUGAAUUGAUGGAUGACCCCCACGAUCACUUGCCGUGUGCAUUGGCAUCGGACCGGGCCAUUGGCGGUGAUGUUGGGGCCAGUGAACUGCAGGUAGGAAAGAAAGUGGAAGCGUUGAACCAACUAAAUAGUGCGGGACCUUUAGGAGGUGUUACUUUGGAUGAAAGUAUAUUCGAUGGUUGUGAGUUUCGUCAGGAUGGAGGCGCGUUUCACGUGUUUCGAUCCAGUGAAGGCGAAGAGUUGACCUGUAACCCCUGUAAUGCGGGGCUGCUGUCUGCUUCAGAGGAGGAGGACGCGCCGAAUCUGGUAGCAGAUGUAGGCAUGGAGGGGGAGGAGGUUAAGCGUCGAGUAUAUGCCGUGGUGAUUACGCACCUGGGUCGUGUGUUGGCCGCUGAUGUAGAUGAGUUUGGCAUUGGAGGGCAGUUCAGUCUUCGAUUGCCUGGCGGGCCAGUAAGCGACGGUGAGAGUGUAAUAUCAGCCAUGCAGCGGCAUUUGACGCAGCAAGUACAUAACGGGUCUGCGUUAGCGGCGCAACUCCCUACGUGUCCAAGUUUGAGUGACGCGGGGAUCCAUUGGGUUUUGCUGCGGGUAACUUCAAUUGAUGAUCUCAAGUGGAAAGAGGGGCUACUCACCGCGGAUAAUCGUCCGCGGCUCCUGUCUUGGGAGGGGUUCCUGGAGUACCUUGGGGGGCCGUCGCGAGCCAAUAAACGGCUUCGAAUUUGCAUGAAGCAUAUGAGGUCACAGCUUCGGCCUGCUGCUGUGACAGAACGACAUCGAGGGAUUUUCCUCCCGCGACGGUUGUAUCGUCGCCAUGAGCCGCGGCGGGAUAAUAUUGUGGUGCGUGGUACUAUUGACGGACGCCCGGUGGAUAGAGAAUUCUUUCGAAUCUCGGGCAAUGCCACCUUUACCCAUGCAUAUGAUACGUCCUGGAAAAGGUUGAAGGAGCUUUUCGCAGAAGCAGGAACGCGAGCUGCGAGACGAGCGGGAGAGGUCCAGGGGAAUGAGACGAGUAAGGGGCGCCGUGAGUUCUUUCAUGUGUUUAAGAAGCCAGAGAGGUCUGCCAUUACUCAGAAUAUCUCACAAGAUUUGUUUACGGUUUCCGCUUCGUGGGACCCUCAGUCUUGUUUUUUGGAUGGUCCUCCCUGUGAGAAUUAUACCGAAGUUCGGCGAUGCUAUGUUGGGAGAGUGCCAGCAAUACUUUGCAAAUGUCAAUGCGGGCAGGGGACGCACUCAGGCGAAUCUCCUGACUUGACAGAGUUUGUCCCGGCGACAGAUCUCGCGACCCUUACGGCCGAGAUGCGAACGAAGUUUCUGGCCAACCCAGAUGGCGUUAAGGGAUUUCGUGUGUUGUUCCCUACGCUGCCAGUGGUGGAGCAGAAUUAUACCAUUGCCCGACGAGACAAUGUAAGUGAAGAUGGGAGUGUGGAUGUGCGAGCAGGUGAAGGACAGGUCGCGCGGGUAGCGCUAUGGAUGGCGGGAAAAGCCACGUCCUUACAGGCGGGGCCUCCUUCGGCCUUCCCGGCGUUACUAAGUGAGGAUGGUCAUACCUUCACUGUGAAGGCAGGGUGGUCGUUAAGAGUUUGGAAGUUUGUGUUUUGUGGUGAGGAUUCGGUAAUUCCCGCACUGGUAUCUCUGCAGGGUGCUGGUAUUCGCAGUAGCCUGUACAGGGAUCAGGUGGAAUGCCGCGAGUACGGACCUAUUUACUAUGCGUGUCUUGCGCGUAAUAAGGGACGGGACUUAGUACAGAUAGAGCUAGAUGUAGCUCGAAAAUACAAGGAGCUUGCUAUCGGUCGAGCCGCAACAUCGCGGAUGCCGGAGCAUUGGAUCGACGGCGACACGAGACUCUUAAUGACUCGUUUUCGAGACCAUCCUGUUGUUUGUAUACCUUUAGGGGGGAAGCAACCAGCUGCGGUGGGAGGGAAAACGGUUCCCUGGAGAAAAUAUUAUUUAAUCCUCGCGCAUAACUCUUUGUUGGGAACCGGUCAUGGCGGGCCGACCCUGACUUAUAAUCAUUUACUUGAUCGGAGCGUGUUUUGGCCGACAAUGUGGAGAGAUGUCCAAAAUCAUUGCAAGUCGUGCAUUUCGUGCACCAUUGCUGAGGCAACAAACACACGCAAUAAGGCCCCACUAGGCCACGAGACGUAUUUGGGUUUCUUUCGAAUCUUGAACGUUGAUCAUGUGGGCCCGUUCAAAGUGGACCGGGGCUAUAGGUAUUUGCUCUCGGUAAGGGAUCACGCCACGCUGUUCAGCUGGUUUAUCCCGGUGAAGUCGAAGUUCACGCGAGAGGCUGCGGAAGCGCUGGUGGCGAAUGUAUUUUGUUUAACUGGUUACCCAGUGAUUGUUCGAUCAGAUCGAGGAUUCGGCGAACAAGGCGACAAGAGUUUAGGCAAAUGGCUCCAGGUGUACGGGGUGCACCAUGCUCCAGUAAUGCCUUAUUCCCCGCAGGCGAAUUGGUUGGUUGAAGUGUUGCACAAACCAUUAAGGAAGUUGCUCAUGAAAUUUGCGGAGAAUUCAAAGUGGAUUGAGCUUGUUCCUUACUUGAAUUGGAUUGCGCGUACAACACCUUACGAGGUGUUGAAUGGAAGAUCUGCAUAUGAGGUGGUCUUUGGCUGUAAACCACGACACGCGUUUUCGGAAACUCUCCGGACUGCGUUCGGCGGGAACGCUGGGACUGACCUGUACUUGCAAGAGGCGAACAAAUUUCGUCAGAAUAUAACUGAAGAAACUGAACGUUUUAGAAACGAGAGGAGUAACAUUCGAUCGAUUGCACAGACUACACUGCAGGGGCAGCAUCUGUGGACUCCCUUGGUUGUAGGAGACUUGGCGGUAGUGAAGAAUAAUAAAGCAAGGAAGGAGUCUUUCGAUCCAAAGAACUAUCCAGCUUUGUUCAAAGUAAAAAAGGUCAGUGCGCGCUAUAUUAUUCUUACCGAUCUGCAUAAUCAGGACGCGACCGGUGCGGCGGGAGGAAAACUUCCUACGCAUCUGGUAACGCGAGCAGUUCCGGCUUCUCACGUUUCCCAGUUUUUGGGACAGCUUGACUAUAUUCCGUCGACGGCGGAUAUGUUGGGUAAAACAAGAGAAGACUUCAUGACGGAGGACAAUGAUCAGAAGGAUGAGAUCUAGGAACGAUGGAAGUUCCGUUCUGGAGCCUUGGAAUCUUCGGACCAAAGCCGUACUUCUUCUGUUCUUGUCUGGGUGGGCUUACGCACAUCAAGAUAAACACUUGCUAGCAUUAUUUAACGAAGGACUUUACUGCUAUGACCAAACUCUGCGGGCUGGUUAUAUGUGGGUGAAGUGAGUCCGAUCGAUUCGGGAAGAGGCCGACUGUCUCUUGGCCUGUUCUAGCUCAGCAACAACAAAGUCUAUCAACCUAGUCAGGCUGGGGCACAGUGGUUUGCGAGUCAGGGAACGCUGGAUGGCUGGUGGCGUAAAGGAUUGAUCCCCCUUUACCCCGGCAUGCAGUGACUCGAGAUUAUAUGUUGUGAGCCGGAUUCACAUGAGACGUCGUCCUGGGGGCGACUAUGGGAAUAUUCGUAGUUACCGGACUCACUUUAGAGCAUAAGAUAGUCUCACUUUGUGCCAUUUCCGAGGGAAAUGGCUGCCAUGGAUCUAGACCCACAAUGGGUUGUUGAUAGACCGCGUGACACCGUUGAAGAUGGGACCAUAGACGGAAACUGCUUGGAAGUAAGCGGGUUUCGCUCGCCGUUAUGGUUAUGUCUAGAUAGGCUUCGCCUAGCGACACCAUUAGGAUUGACUUAUGUCUGCGCAUUGGUCAUGGAAGUCUUUGAGAGCGUUGCGGAGGAUAUCCGAUCCUACGCCAGACGUGGUCUGCAGUUGGAUGUAGCAGCCGCGCCUUGCGGGUGCGAAUCUGUUGGAAUGUCAGAAGACAGGACCUUGCUGUCGCAGCGAGUAUAGCAAGGACGCUUGCUCUGGUGCGUGAUGGAAGGCAGUAUCUGGGGUGGCAGUACAGGGAGCCUUACGGACUUGUCUGUCUGUUGACUGGCCAGGCUUCGAGUGCUCUUCGAGCACUAGCCUCAUGUGGGUUAGGUGUCUAGCGUUAGCACAAUGACACAGUAUCAUCCUUCCUUCGGUUGGAUCUUGGUAUAGUUUGCAUGAUGUGAUGCUUUUCAGGUGUUGCAUUAUGUGACCGGACAGCACAUUCACGAGGUGGGUGCUGACGCGGUGCUGCGAAGGAGGGGCAGCACCGACCUGGCCCGAGGUGUCCAACGGGUACGUCCAUCCGCUGCGCGGGUGGACGGAUGGAGGAUCUGCGAUCUCUCCUUGACUAUCUUGACUUCAAUGCACUACAUAACGAGAUCAUGGCACUCGCCUGGUGUAAGUAGACUGUGCAGGAGCUGGUGACAAGUCAGAUGCUUCUGGUGAUGGAGCUGCAAGGCAACUCACGUUGUUGCAGUGACUCUCACGCGGGAGGAGCGUUCUAGGAAAGCAGCGAUGUUCAAUGUGCAAGAUAGUGAGGCUAUCUUAUCUUGUUCUGAGUAUGGUAAAGGCGUGAUUUCUACUAUGGGAAGAUCGAUGUUUUGUGACACGGACAAAGUGAAGAAGAAAAGAGGAACGCCAAUUUGAAUUCGGGGACUUAGCAUCUAGAUUUUUUAUCUACUUGUACUUACCACUUUCACUUUCUUUCAGAAGCUUCCUUAUUUCCAGAUUGAUCAUGAAGAUGAAGAGGUCAUCCUCUGCGUGAGUCAAUAAUACGAACAACCACGAAAACUACUACGUACAGCAUUCAUUUUCAUAGGAUAACAUCAAUCAUUGGGAUACAGCACACGAAUUCCGGGGAAUCUUUUAUUUUUUUUUUCUCAUGAUAGAUUGGUGACUUGUGGACGGCUUAGAAAUUUCCCAACGCAGUCGCGAACCAGGCAGGAUGAAGUGUUUUUUUACGUAUUGGCGAACCUGAAAAGUGGAUGUGGGAGAAUGUGCUCAGUAAUGAUGUUGAAUACGCCGUCGAGAAGUAUGGAGAUUACAACUAGUACUUUUGAUGAAGAAAAUUAACUUUUGUACAGUUACAACCAUCGAACCAUCCUGUUGGUUUUGGCUCAUCUAAGGAAUCAGUCCGUAUUUUUAUCAAUAGUGUAUCUUCUAUCAAAUAAUGCCCUAGUAAGUUGUGUUGAUUUCUUACUUUUUUGCGAAAAGCGAGUGCCAAUUUUUUAUUGCGCCAUAUGAAUAUCCACAUUCCUUUUCAUCCUGAGUGAUCUGCUUUAGUUACUAAGCUUGGUUUUGCUUGUUCAUACAUCUUCACACAUACUAGGAACAAUUUGUCGUGGAAUGUGAAGACAAUGUACCCGGCUGAUGUCGGCAAUCUAUCGGGGACGUGAUGGUCGAUUUUGACGAUGGAAAAAAAAGGUCCGUAGGGGCGUAUCUGAGCUGAAUUUUCUUGUACAAUUCUCUUAAUCACUGCCACGAAAAGCAUAGCAUGGAAGCGUGCGGAAGGUAAAAUGUAGAAACUCGCACUUGUUUCCCACUUAAUAUUUUGAUUUCUGUUGUUGUUGACAUAGAGUUCGGACGAUAAUCUUUCCACCUACCUGUAUACUUUCUGUCUUCUUGGAUGCUACUGCUAGUCGUAGGAUGAAAAAAAUCGAGAAAGGGCAACGGAAUCGAAGAACAUACCAAUACUUUUCCCGAUAGCUGUUGUGCGGGCAGACGUAGUGUCAGCUACGGAAGUGCAAGUCAAUCUUCAAAGUCGCUUAUUUUUUCUAUUUUUUCUUUUAUUCCGGUUUAGUUUUAACUUCAAGUUCAAUUUCAGAACCUUGAUGAUUCUGUUGUCAUAAAACAAUUGAAUAGCAAUAGCAUGAACUUCCGCAUGAGAAAAUGAUUCCUCCCGAAAAUCACCCUCAAAUUUAGCUGUGAGGCCAUGCUAUCGACAAUCUCGUUUCAAACUUCAUGUUUUGAACUUGCGCAACACAACCAUGAUUAUGCAUGCCUAGUGAACGAUCGGG